AGGCCGGCCUGACCACCUGUGGGUUGAAGGCUGUGGCCUGUCAGAGCGGAAUCGAGGUGGUGAGUGGUCACACGGUUAUGGAGAGUAAACAACUGACUGAUCAGGAGCGGGAUAUCGGGACCGAUCAGUACGGGUUCGUCCGGCAGGCGGGCCCGGAGCAGGUGUCCGAUUACGGCUCGGUGCUGAGACGCCGGGCGAUCAAAUGGCGCAAACUGCUGCAGGGCAGCCGUGUGGAGCGCAGCUUGAAAAUGAAACGCUAUAUCAGGAAAGGAAUUCCAAAUCAAUAUCGCAGUCUUAUCUGGAUGACUGUUAGUGGAGCCCAAGCACAGAUGGAAAAAAAUCCAGCUUACUAUAUGAAGCUGCUGGAAAUGGAAGAAGAUCCGAAGUUGAUUGAUGCUGUUAAAACAGACAUUAACAGAACAUUUCCUGACAAUGUACAGUUUCGCAAGACUGCAAACCCCUCCUUACAAGAUGCACUCUUCAACAUUUUAGUGGCAUAUGGAAACCACAAUAAAAAUAUUGGUUAUUGCCAGGGGAUGAAUUUCAUUGCUGGUUAUUUACUUAUAGUGACCAAGGAUGAAGAGAAGUCCUUCUGGCUGUUAGAUGCCCUGAUUGCUAAGAUAGUACCUGAUUUCUACACUCCGACAAUGAUUGGGUUAAAGACCGAUCAAGAGGUUCUGUCUCAGCUGGUAAAGAUGAAGGUCCCUGCAGUGGCUGCAUUAAUGGAAAGACAUAAUGUGAUGUGGACCUUGGUUGUGGGGCGAUGGUUCAUCUGUUUGUUUAUCGACAUUCUCCCAGUGGAGACUGUUCUUCGGAUUUGGGACUGUCUCUUCUAUGAAGGAUCUAAAGUCACCUUUCGUGUGGCCUUGACAUUAAUAAAGUACCACCAGGCUUCCAUUUUAGAAGCUAACAGUUUCCCUGCCAUCUGUGAGAAAUUCAAGGAAAUCACACAUGGGCCUCUGGUCCAAGAUUGCCAUGGUUUUAUGCGGAAAAUAUUCACUGAGCCUGGAAGGUUACCCCUGACAACGAUCAUCAAGCUACGUGAGCACUGUAGGGCUGAAAUAGAUGCUCAGAGUUGAUUUGUGUUUCUCAGUUUUGGAGCGUUUAAUACCUCAGGAACCUGAAGACUUCCUACAUUCCUCAAUUGAAAAUCUGGGCUGCAUUUACCUGAUGGUUGUAUAUAUCUUCUUUCAGAAAAAGAAUUACCCAGUUACUUUAUAUCUACUGUGAAUCCAGCUGGAUCAAAAUGAACUACAACAAUAUUUGACGUUGUUGUUUCAGAUUUAAAACAAUAUUUCUAAAUGAAGGGCUGUUUGUACAUUGGUUAUUUCACAAUCUUAUUAAUAGUCAUUCUUUUCUCCAUCUGAAAUAUGAGCCUGGUUUUAACUUUGUAAGUGAGUUUUGAAUGAGUUAAUUUCUUGGCCAUAACUACUUUCAAAUAGUUUGUUUUUUAUUAUACUAUUAAAUAAAAUUAUUCAAUGAGUCAGCAAAUGGAAAAUUUUCACACAUUGCACAUAUGGUUGUUGAUUUCAGUAGCGUUUAAUCAGGUGUAACUAAAUUCUUGAUCAAGAUCUUCAGGACUUGCAGUGUCUCAUUGAGUGCUGGGUGGAUCCCUGCUCUGGGUUCAGUGAUGCUCCAGUGUAAACUGACUCAACUCCACCCACUCUCACUCUAUGUAGAUUUCUGCUGCACUCUGGGUUCAGUGACAUUCUGGCCCAAGCUCCAGUCAUGUUGUGAUUGAUGGAGUAUUACUCUAGAUUUGGUGAUAGUCCAGUUUAGACUGCAGUUUAUCAUGCAGCAGAGGGCUUGGCUUCUGGUUAAGCAACACUCCUGCAAGAGCGCUCCAGUCUUGUACCCAGUGACAAUCAGACUGUUGGUCUGUUUUGGGUUCAGAGUAUCCAGCGGUGAAGGCAUUGCUACAUUUUGUAGAUGAGGUGAGUGGUUUUGGGCUGUGCCAGACAAUUUGCUGGCACUUCACAUCUGGAAAAAGCAAUAAUAGAAAACUGGCAGUUUUAUAGAUAUAGUGCUUGAUGUCGAGCCAUUGAUUUGUAUGUUUCUUUGCCACUGUGGUAUAUGUGAUUGUUUGUAACUC